AUGUUUACUACCACCAUCAUCUUCAUUUUACUAACAUUUACUGGGAUCAUUCAUUCAAGAUCUUCAAGGGAUAGUGAUAAAAUAAAUAUUAAAGAUGGAAUUGAAUAUGAAAUUAAAGAAACUGGUACCACAUAUAAACAAUAUGAAACUUCUGAUUCCAAAUGCAAAAUUGAAUAUGAUGGUAAAAUGUAUAAAGAAGAUGAUACAUUGACAAUCAAAGGAAAAUAUUAUAAAGUAGAAGAAUGUCAUUUGAUUCGUGCCUAUCAUGCUUGUGGUCCAAAUGUUUUAUUCAUGUUUAAAAUCGUUUGUAGAUUAGUUGAACAAUACACUUCUAAUCGGCGUCGUCGUGCAAUUUAUCAUUAUGGUCCAAAAGUUAUAACACAAGCAUGUUGUGAAAAUGUAUGUACAAUAGCGGAAAUGACAAGAUAUUGCUUAAGAUCAUGA